GACUCUGUGGUGGGGGAACGGCGGGGCCGGGGCCGCGGCAGGAGACGGCAGGGGAAUGAUGCUGAGCAGCCUCCUGCCUUCCGCAGGAGAUGGGAACUGCUACUACAUCCUGACAGAGGACUGCACCUACGGCAGCAAGUACUUCCAAGCCGGCAACAUGUGCUUCUGCAGCGAGAGGAGCUACCUGCGCAACUUCUCCAGCGAGGGGCCGCCGGCCUGCUUCCUGAGGGUGGUCAUGCUGGACGACAGCUCCACCGUCACCGUCAACAUCGAGCUCCUGCAGCCGCUGCGCGAGGAGACCGCUGCCCUCCUGCUGGCCGUCGGCAGCCACACCGAGCGCCUCAACUACUUCCUGGAGAGGCUGAGCCUGGAAGCGGCGCUGCGCGCGGUGCCGGGUCAGAAAGUGACGGUGGAGGUGGACCGGCAGCGCCUGCCCGGGGUCGUCCGCUACGUCGGCAGCGUCUGCGGGAAGAGCUCCGCCGCGCUGGCGCCGUGCUUCUUCGGGGUGGAGCUGCAGGGUGAGGGUGAAAACAGAGGACGUAGCGACGGAUCGUACCACGGCACCGAGUAUUUCAAGUGCAAGAGGAACUGUGGGGUUUUCCUACCCUUCAGCAGAAUCCAGUUUAGUCCUGUGGUGGAUGAUGACUACAUGAAACAGAAACCAAAACUGGACACAGAGGAGGAGGUUCCUGUGAAAGUGGGAGAUGCAGUUAGCUUCUAUGUGGAUGAGGUCCUCACCAAAGGAGUAGCCAUGGCAGUUUACAAGGAGGGAACCCAAUGGUUCGUUACAGUCUGCCCGGAAGAAGAAGGAACAACAGACAUCUUCCGGGACAUCCCCAUGGACUCCAUCAUGAAGGAAAGCUUGCAAAGUUUAUUUCCACCACUGGAGUCCAGCAUGGGCUUGGGACACCCAAACCAAUUGAAACAUGAGAUAAGCGAGAGCAGUGCGGAGUGUCCAAGUGGGAAUCCAUCCCUGGAGGUCAACUCCAUGGUCCAGAUCACCUUGGAUAAGGGAAACCAGGUGUCGGGAAUCAUCCGCUGGUUGGGCUACCUGCCUCAGAUUAAGCACAAAAUGGCAGGAGUGGAACUGGAUGAAGAUAAGGGGGUGACUGAUGGUGAGUGGCUGGGCCAGUACUACUUCCAGUGCGCUCCAAAGCGUGGCCUCUUCGUGAAGCUCCAGUCCUGCCAGCCUGACGUCCGCUUCCAGUGGCCGCGUGACAGCGAGCUGAGCCUGGUGGAUUACGGAGGCCAAGAGGUUCUUCCCCAGGCUCCAGACACUUCUCCUCCUCUGAGGAACGAGGCAGCAGUACGUGUCCUGCGGGGGCGGAUGAAGGGGAUCCAGGGCCACUGUAAUUCCUGCUACAUGGAUGCAGCUCUCUUCAGCCUCUUCUCCUGUACAUCCGUGGUGGACUCCAUGCUCUUCAAGCCCUUCCCACUGUGUGACCGCAACGUGCAGAGCAUCCUGCGGGAUGAGAUCGUCACCCCGCUGCGGACGACUGGCUUUGUCCACGCUGGCAGCAUGAUGCACCUCAGGGAGCAGCUGACAGAGAAGGGGCAAUGCUCCAGCUUCACCAAUGCUGAGAAAGAUCCUGAGGAGUUCCUCACUCUCAUAAUGCACCAGCUCCUAGGAAUAGAACCACUCCUGAGACUCCAGUCAGGAGGCCAGGAGCAGGACUGUUACUGUUACCAGAUCUUUAUGGACAAACAGGAGGAUCUGGUGGUGCCUGAUGUGCAGCAGUUAGUGGAACGUUCCUUCCUCUCCUCCGAGCUGAAGCUAGUGGAGAUCCCAUCUUGCUUCAUUAUCCAGAUGCCACGUUUUGGGAAGGAGUACAAGAUGUUCAGCAAAAUCAUUCCUUCCCUGGAGCUGGACAUAACAGAUCUGCUGCUUGACAGUCCCAGGGAGUGCUGCGUGUGCGGAGAUGUUGCCACCCUGGAGUGUUCAGAGUGUUUCAAGGACAAGAUGUUCUCAGCUACAGGCCUGAAGCAGUUCUGCAGCUCCUGCUCCAGACAGGUUCACUCGCACCCGCGCCGCGCCUCGCACCAGCCCGGGCGGCUGCAGGUGCCGGAGGCGUUCGCGCGCGGCGGCGGCCGGCAGGUGCCUCGCGAGAAGCUGGAGCUCUUCGCCGUGCUCUGCAUCGAGACCAGCCACUACGUCUCCUUCGUCAAGUACGGCCCCGGCAGCCAGCACUGGAUGUUCUUCGACAGCAUGGCCGACAGGCACGGUGAUGAAAAUGGCUUCAACAUUCCCACUGUGACUCUCUGCCCUGAAGUGGCCAAGUACCUGGACUUGCCUCUGGCCGUGCUGGCCCUGGAGCAACCUCGGGACAUGGAUGGAGUGGCCAAGCGCCUCUUCUGCGACGCCUACAUGUACAUGUACCAGAGCAAGAAGAUGGCCCUGUACAAGUGACACUGCCUGGGGCUGCUGCCACCAGUGAGACAGCAGAAACAUGAGCUUGGAUCCACCCCCACAUCUCAUCACUGGUGAAAGCAGCCAAGCUGAGGUGCAUCAAGUUUGGUUCUUCAUACCUCCUGCAGCAUCUGCUAUCCAGUGGUCCACAUCAGCCUGUCUGGAAGCGUUCUUGGUCUUCCCAAGUGAUGCUUUGUACUUCCAGCAGACCUGGACUCUCACUUCUUUCCACUCAUCUUCAUUCUCAUUCCAUAACUUCCACCCUCCUUCCUCCCCAGGAAGCUCUGUCCUACCUCAGAGUCCUCCUCAACAUCCUUUUCUCUCUGCCAGCUCUUCUCUCCAAAGCUGAGGAGCAGCAUCUCACCAAAAGCUUGUUCAUCCUCCUCAAAUGUCAAAGAGCACAAGGAAACCACCACCUCACCUGGUUAAGACACCUUCACAUGGACUUGUGGAAUGAGAAAACCAAGACCCUGUGGUGUGGUUAAGAGGUGGGUCAUGGAAUCAUAGAAUUAUUUCAGUUGGAAGAGACUUCCAAGGUCAUCCAGUCCAACCUUCAAGCUAAACCCACCACAGUCAGGACAAGGGUUUGUCUUGUGGUCUUUAGGACCCACAUAAAGUUGGGCCCUUGAUUUGCCUCCCCUUCUUCAGAACUUUCAAGCACCCUCUCUCAUUUUUAACCAUGAAAUGAAUUGGGCAUCUUGAACUUUGAAGAUGCUUCUAGACCAGCUUUUCUUGGUAGGAACAAAACUGGAAGACAGAUGGAUCAGAGGAACAGCAGAUGACCUCAUAGUGCCUCCUCUUGCUUGCACUGUUGCUGCGUGAUGGGGUGGUUGAACCUCACUUUCAGCACUUCCUGUCCCAUCUUUGAAGCCACUUGGGAGACCAAAACCUGGAUUUUGAGGGCCAAAAUGUUAAAAAUGAGCACUUUGGGCUUCUCUGCUGUGGUCUGGGGUCUCUGGGUGGGAAUGGGUGAAGUUUAAAUUGCCCAUCUGGGGGUUCUCUGCCCUUAACCACAGGCAGUCACGGACUCAGAGAGGUCAAUGUGAUGAACUGAGUUGCCCACAUUCCAUGUUGCACUGAUAGGACACUAACACUUUGAGGUACACCUCCCAGAGCUCCAAAUGUGCAGCUCAAAUCUUCUUGCUUUUUUCCCCUCUGUCACGUGCAGCUUUGCCUCAGUCCCAUUGGCUUGGCCCACAUGAAGGAUGUGGUGUAGGAUCAUUGCUGGAGGGUUGUGGGGCCAACUGGGAUCUCAUCAGCUUGAUGGUACUGUCAGCUUUCUGGUGUGUCCCUUAUCUUGGUACAUAGUGGCCACAAAGGACAGCUGGUGUCUGAAACACCCAGACUGUUAAGGUUUGAGAACACUGCUGUCCAGUUUCCAGCUGUCCUUGAUGAGCAUUUGAGCCUCAACACCAAGUUCUCCUCAUGGUACAGAAGGUGAACAAUGGCCUGGUCAAAGGAGAGCAUCCUUCCUCUCAUUGGGAAGCCACAGCUAGGGUACCGGUUCCAGUUUUGAGCUCCCCAGUACAAGAGAGGUGGAGAGGGUCCAACAGAGGGCCAUGAAAAUAAGGAAAGGACUGCUGAGAGCUGGGACUGUUCAACCUGAAGAAGGCUCAUGGGGGGACCUCAUAAAUACCUGAAGGGAGUGUGCAAGGAAGACAUCCAGGAUCUUCUCCAUGGCAUCAUGACAGGACCAAAAGCUCUGGGCACAACGCAGGAGGUUCCCUCUGACCAUCAGGAUGGACCUCUUUGUGAGGAUGACAAGCAACAGCACAGAAGAGGUAGUGGAGUCUCCAUCCUUGGAAUACUCAAAGUGGUUUUGGACCAGGUCAAAGCUCAAGUGGUUGACAAACCUUUCUAGGGGUAGGAGAGAUGGUGGCAGAUCCAGCAGUGGAUCAUCUGAAGGUUAACUGUUCCUGCUUAGGGACUUACUGACCUCUGGCUGGUCCUCUAUGGCCAUGGAGAGGGUUGGAGGGUGUUGCUGUCUUUCCUUGUCUACCCAAAGUUGUUCUUCCUUCUCUAAGAGCUCAGGACAAUGUCCCCUCAAGUAUGCCAUGGGUUGGGCUUUUGUAUCUCUGGUGCUUCUGCUCUAAAAAUGUUCCCUUGAGUAGUAAACUUCCAAU